CCCCCUCCGCCUGCUGCCAAGACAGACGGUGAUACCGACAGUGCUCAUACACCAGUUGAACUUGUUACGGUGCCUGCACUUGGUCCGGAAUAGCAGUUAUCUGAGAUGAAAAACAUAGCGGAGUCAGGUCGACGAGAGGGUAAGGAAUGGCAGGAGAAGUGGAAAGCUUGGUAUCGCAGGGAUGCGGAUCACCAAAACGUUCCUGGUCUUCUUCUUGUUUGGGUUGUGCGCCAUCUUCGACUACGUCUCUGCACAAGUGUGGGACUCGACACGGGUCACUGUGGAAAUAAUAUUCUCACCGCCUAGUCAUAUCCGAAGACCAAGGUCCCGCUUAACUUCUCAUAUGUUGCAUCAAACGACUCACAUUCGACGUGGAAACGAGUGGUAUGAUUAGACAAGGGGUCUUUCUUCACUACAUUUCCAGCAGUGACCCCCGCCUUCAUGUCUACUCCCGCAUUCUUUCAGGCUACUCCCUAUAUCUCAAAUUCUGCGUCUGCUGCUGAAGCGACUUCCAAUCCUCCAGCGCACCCCUUGAGGGACCCGCUGAAGAGCCUGCCCUGUCUCUUCUUCCGUCUGCUGCCAAGACAUAAAAGUUCCUGUUGACUGCUGCAGAUCAGGAGUCGGGUCUGCUCAAGCCGUAUGGCUAUGUCAAGGGCUACGCACGAUUGUCAAGUUGGAUGGACCGCAAUGUUUCUCGGCAAUCAAAGCAGCACAUUCUUCAACCUUUGUCUGUGCUACGACCCAAGUUCCGA